AUGAAACACCAUGAGCAUUCUUUUGAGGACACUAUUGCAACCACAAUCGACGGCAACGAUAGUUUUGUUGAUAUAGAUCAUAAUAAUUCAAAAGAUUUUGAAUUAUUAGCAGAUGAUGAUCCAGAAAUAACAACGUCAAGAUCAUCACAAUCAAAUCAUUCUUUAAUUAGACAACAUGCACUACUGAAAGAAUGGGAGUUAAUGAUUGAUUAG